GCAAGAUUGGCAGCAAAACAAACUACAAUUUCAUUAUUUUUGUUUUUGUCUUCUUCUCUUUGCAAAAAUAUGCUGAUCCCAUUACUCUUCAACUUCAUCACUAUCCUCCUCCUUAUAUCCUUCAUCUUCCUGAUGGUAAAUAAAUGGCAAAAAUCCAAACCCAACCAUCAUAAAAAAUUGCCUCCAGGUCCCUGGAAACUACCAUUAGUUGGUCAUUUGCACCAUAUAUUUGGUUCACAUCCACACCAAGCUUUUGCAAAUUUAUCGAAGAAAUAUGGACCUUUGAUGCACCUAAAAAUCGGUGAAGUUUCUACGAUCGUCGUAUCAUCUCCAUUUAUUGCGAAAGAGGUUUUGAAAAUUCAGGAUCCAGUAUGUGCUGAUAGGCCAGAAACUUUAGCAGUCAAGAUCAUGUGGUAUAACUUUAUUGAUGUUGCAUUCUGCCCUUAUGGCGAGUACUGGAGACAAAUGCGUAAAAUAUGCAUUAUAGAAUUGCUUAGUUCGAAGAAUGUACGCUCAUUUGAGUCGAUCAGGCUAGAUGAGGUCUCGCACCUCGUUGAAUCCAUUCGAUCAUCUUCCCUAGAAGUACCUGUAAAUUUAAGUGACAAAAUUUUCUUUUAUAUAAGUUCUAUAACAUGUAGGGCUGCAUUUGGUAAAGUUUGCAGGGAUCCAGACACAUUGAUAAUGGUUUUGAAGCAGGCAGUAGCCUUAGCAGGAGGGUUUAAUUUUGUUGAUUUGUUUCCCUCUUCAAAAAUGCUUCAUAUUUUCUGUUGGAAUAAAUUUAAAUUGUUGAAAAUGCGUCGUAAACUUGAUUCAAUUCUUGACGACAUCAUUGAUGAACACGAAAAAAACAUUGCGAAUGGCAAUGGAGAUUCCGGUGAUGAAGAUUUUGUUGAUGUUUUUCUGAGAAUGAAGCGGAGCGGGAAACUUGAGUUUCCAAUAACAAAUCAAAACAUCAAGGCUAUCCUUUUUGAUAUGUUUUCUGCUGGUACAGAAACUGCAUCAACAACAGUAGAUUGGGCUAUGGUUGAGCUGAUGAAAAACCCUCUCGUGAUGGCGAAGGCACAAACUGAAAUACGACAAGCUUUAAAGGAUAAGAAAAGGGUCAACGAAAAUGAUAUUCAAACCCUACAAUACCUAAAGUUGGUGAUCAAAGAAACCCUAAGAUUGCAUCCUUCCAUUCCUUUAAUUCCAAGAGCAUGUCGGGAGGAAUUUGAAGUUAAUGGCUAUAUAAUACCUUUCAAAGCCAAAGUUAUGAUCAACAUAUGGGCCAUGGGAAGAAAUCCUGAUAUUUGGCAUCGCCCAGAAAGCUUUGAACCAGAGAGAUUUGAGAACAGUUCUAUUGAUUUCUUGGGAGCUCAUUUUGAGUAUCUUCCAUUUGGAUCAGGAAGAAGGUUUUGUCCAGGUAUGACAUUUGGUUUAGCAACGGUCGAGCUUUUUUUAGCUCAACUUCUCUAUCACUACGACUGGAAACUUCCUCAAGGAAUGAAUUCUAAUGAUUUAGACAUGACUGAGGCCGAAGGACUUGCUGUAUCAAGAAAAGAAAAUCUUUAUUUGAUUGCCAAACCGUAUAAUCCUUCAAUCAUUGAUUGAUUUCCAUUAGAAGGAAAAGUGAGAAAAGUUCGAUUUCGAACGGGAUUUACUAUGCACUUGUGUCAACUCAAUUUGAUCCGACGAUAUUAUCGCAAUCUCGUGAAGUAUUUUAUUAAAUUGUGUAUCAAAUAUGACAAAUUUCGAUAAUCUAGAGUAGGCAUAUGUUUCAUGUCCUUGAAAUCUGUAAUUCAUUAUUGUUUAGAUCACAAGUUCUUCUAUAUUUACCAAGAAACACUGUAUGAGAGGAUUGAGACGUUGAGUCUUGUAACAAAGAUUCAGAUUGCAAAAAAAUUAAAAUUGGGUAAUC